UUUUAUCAGGUGCGCUUCAGUUCGAAGCUUAUGGUUUGGUUGGCCUCCGAGUUCAGGAAAAAAAAAAGCCCCUAAAAAUUCGCCAAAAAAACAAAAAAGGAAAGAAAAAUCAGAUGGUUUUCUUCUUUGUUGAGAAAGACAGUCCAAAACCCUAACGAUCAUCAAAACUCGAAAACAGCUCACCAUGUUCAACUCUCUCUGGGGAAUGCAUCAACGGGCUAAAUCAUUCCUUUUUUUCUUGGUUCUGUCAUGUGCCAUUUUUUGCUUAACUACAUGUGAACCAUGUUCUGUAAACGUGGUGCCAAAAAUGGAGGAAUAUGAUGGGUGUGAGUACUAUGGAGAUAAUCAUCAUACUGGUUUUCAAGAAACUAUUAUUGGUGAUUCAAAUUCUGGCUAUGAUACAGGAACUUCAAUGACUGGUUUAAGUGUUGAGAGUAUCUGCACCGAUUCUCAUUCAUUCUGUUUUCCUUCAACAUUGCCUGGCUUUUCAACUGAAGAGACUAAACUUGAAGUAGGCAGUUUAGAAGUUUCUAGGAGUCAGUCUGAUAGUGCUUCAUCUUAUAUAGAACCAAGUAACCUUAGGGGGCAGGCAAAUAACGAAAGUUGGUUCCCUAAUCACGGUAUGUUUAAAUUAUUAAAUGGCAGGAUGGUUUCUUGUUCUUUGUCUUCGAGAGAUGGCAUCCAUGAGUUUUCAUCCACUUUUACUGAUGAUGCUAUUCAAAAUGAUAUUUCGUGUAGAGGACCUUUACAAUAUCAGGAGAGUGCAAAUUUUAGGAUGAAAAACAACAGGGAGGUGACCAAAUCAGGUUCUUUUGAUGUAUCGUCUUUCCCUAAUGUAGAUGUAAGUCCUCCUGUAAUAGAUUGGGGACAAAAAUAUUUGUUUUUACCUUCGGUGGCUUACUUGACAGUAGCAAAUACAUGCAACGAGAGCGAUUUAUAUGUCUAUGAACCAUUUAGUACCAAUAUGCAGUUCUAUCCCUGCAAUUUUAGUGAGCUUUUGCUAGGACCUGGUGAAGUAGCUACAAUAUGUUUUGUUUUUUUACCUAGAUGGGUGGGCUUGUCAUCAGCUCACCUUAUCUUGCAGACAAGCUCCGGUGGUUUCCUGGUUCAGGCUAGGGGUUUCGUUGUUGAAUCCCCUUAUGAGAUUCAGCCAUUAGUAAGCCUGGAUAUUCCUCCUAGUGGACAGUUGAGUAAGAAUCUGUCUUUGUUUAAUCCUUUUGAUGAAACCCUCUACUUGGAGGAAAUAACUGCAUGGAUAUCAGUUUCUCUAGGGAAUACUACCCAUCAUAGUGAAGCAGUUUGUAGUAAAGAAAACUUCCAGGGUUAUAAUGGGCACAGCUUGCUUAGUGCUGAGGAUUGGUUGGUCAUGAACAGUGGUAAUUUUGGUUUUCCACUUAUGGCUAUGAGGCCGAACAGGAACUGGGAGAUUAACCCUCAAAGCAGUGAAACCAUCAUCGAGAUUGAUUUAUCCUUUGAAGCAAAAGGCAAAAUUUUUGGUGCUUUUUGUAUGAAGUUGGGGAGGCCUUCACAAGACAAGUGUGAUACAGUUAUGGUUCCUCUUGAAGUUGAUUUGGAUAGGAUAGCAUCCUAUGAGGAUCACUCAAGUUCUCUUUCAGUUUCUCUUGAGGCUCUGGUGCCAUAUGAUGGCAGUGAUACUGUUUUCCUUGCCAUCUCUGUGGAAAAUGCUACUCCUCAUGUGCUCAAUGUUGUCAAAAUUAGUGAAGUUGCAGAUACAAAGAUUUUCCAUAUCAAGUACAUGGAAGGGUUGCUGCUCUUCCCUGGUGUUGUUACGCAGGUUGCUGUGAUUCCCUGCAAGAAAUUGCCAGUUGAAAUUCUUAAUUCUGCUUCUGAAGCAUCCAACACGAUCAGAAGUUGUAAAUUGUUUAUAAUGACAAACUAUUCUAUUGGCCCUCAGAUUGAAGUUCCUUGUGAGGAUAUAAUCCAUUUUUGUAAGGAACAUCAGCAAGGUUUGUCCAUGGGUUUUGAGCAUCAGUCUGAAAAGGUUAACUUUGGCAAUUCGAGGACAGGGUCCUUGGGCGAUGGCAUGCAGUUGGCAUCAUGGGCCAAGGUGUUGGAGAUAGCAAAAGCAGAUGAAUUGGUACUUGGAAAUUGGAAAUCUCAAGGUACCACAAAUGGCAUGUCAGUGCUUGAUGAUCAUGAGGUACUGUUUCCAAUGGUUCAAGUUGGAAGUCACUGCUCCAAGUGGAUCAAUGUGAAAAAUCCUAGCAAGCAGCCAGUUAUAAUGCAGCUCAUUCUUAACUCAGGAGAAAUUGUUGAUGAAUGCCGGAGCCAAGAUGUUUUUAUGCAGCCUCCUCCUGGUAGCUUGAGUCACAAUUUGUCUGCUAUUCCAAUGAGAUAUGGGUUCUCAAUAGGAGAGAGUGCACGGACAGAGGCCUAUGUUCAGCCGUAUGGGACAGCAUCGUUUGGGCCGAUAUUAUUUCACCCUUCAAAUCGUUGUGGGUGGAGAAGUUCCGCAUUGAUAAGGAACAAUCUUUCUGGUGUAGAGUGGUUAUCUUUGAGGGGAUUUGGAGGGUCAAUUUCUCUAGUCCUGUUUGAGGGUUCAGAGCCCAUCCAGAGUGUAGAAUUUAACCUUAACUUGCCAACUUCUCUAAACAUCUCUCCUCCACAAAUGUUUUUUCACAUGGAAGAGACUACUUAUGCCUGUUCUCAGCCAUUUUUAAAAGAGCUGUAUGCCAGGAACACUGGAGACUUGCCACUUGAGGUAAGAAGCAUUGAGGUUUCUGGGACAGAUUGUGUACUUGAUGGUUUUAUGGUGCAUACUUGUAAAGGUUUCUCUCUUGAACCUGGAGAGUCGACAAAGCUUCUGAUAUCAUACCAGCCAGAUUUUACAGCAGUUAUGGUACAUAGAGAGCUUGAACUGGCUUUGGCUACUGACAUUCUUGUCAUACCAAUGAAGGCAACCCUCCCUGUUCAUAUGCUUAAUCUUUGUAAGAAGUCAGUGUUCUGGAUGCGGCUAAAGAAACUCUCUAUCACUGUUCUUCUUUCUGUUUCAUUAUUGUUUCUCAUAUUCUGUUUCAUCUUUCACCAAGCAAUGGUCUUGGGCUCCCAAGAUUAUUUAUACAGGAGUGAGAAGAACUCCAUCACUACAAUAAGGACGGGAGGAAAAUCUUCUCGUGUCAAUCGUAGUCAAAGAAACAGUAAGUUUUCUAUGUCAGCUGAAAUGGAUGGUAUGUUAAGCUCAGUUGGGGAUGUUAAAUCUUUGAAGGAGGUAUCCAAUGGUAGAUGCCCAAAUGGUCAGGUCAGGACCAAGGAACAGGGGCUAACUGAUCCAAAUGCAAAACUAACUCCUGAAAAUGACAGGGAAAUUAACAGUUUCUUAGAUCCUCAAGGGAAUAUUUCAUUGCCAUCUUUGCCCUCUAAAUCUGCAGUGGCCGAGAAUCCUGAUACAAAGGAAGCACCUCAAGCUGGUACCCUCACAAUCAGGACUGGGAAAGAAAAGGGAAGAAGGCGAAGGAAAAGAAAAGGUGGAUUUACCGGAUUGAUUGAAGUUUCAAGUAGUCAAAGUGGAAAUUCUACACCGUCGUCCCCCUUGUCCCCUAUAACAUCUGUAACAUCUAAUCGAACAUGGUCACUCUCUCCUGAGUUGGACCAAUCUGUUGAGGCUAGAAAUCCUUUUACUCAAUUGGCUGACCAAACCUGUGAGAAGGUUCAAGUUCCUGAACCUAUUUCCAAAGCAAAUGUGUUGGGACCUAAGGUUUCUGUGGAACAUGGCAGCAACAACUGGUAUUCUUCGACCCAAGAACAGUCUACAGUAGCAAAACCUGUUCUAUUGCCCUCUGCUACUUUUCCUUGUGCUGGUAGGGCUACUCGCAGUAUGUUGAGCUUCUCUUCUCCUUUGGCUUCAACAUCUGUUAUGGCUCCUCAUGCUCGAGCUCCUGGGUCCAAACUCUGUGACCAGAAAACCAUAAAUGCUGUAGGAAAGGCUAGACUAGGAGAUGAAUAUACAUAUGAUAUUUGGGGUGACCAUUUAUCUGGACUUCAUUUAAUGGAUAGUUCAAAGGAUGUUGUUGCCAUGAAUUCUGGCACUUCAGAAAAUGACUCUGAUAGCUUCUUUGUAAGGGGUCCACAAACUCUCAUGAAAAAGUCUCGACCAAGAUUUGUGCACUCGAGGACCAAAAUGUUAUAGGAACCAAUCUCGAUUAAAUUUGAUUGAAAUCUUUGUUUUGUCAUAACUUUAUUAUAACACAAUAUUCAUCAAUCGUCUCUAGAGAGCAUCUAAUAUUGUUACGGCUAUAGUCUUUGUCAUCACCGGAUAUAUAGAUGCUUUUUUUACCUAGGUAAUAUAACACUUUUGAGAUGGCUAAUGUUGUGUUUCCUGGUUCUCAUCACUUCACUUCAUAGACAUAUACGCUUUUGCACUUUAGAGAGAUCUGCUUCAGCAGUAUACUGCAAAGUGAGUUACGUUGUUUAAAGGUGAAAGAAGGACUAUUGUGGCAAAUCUCUGGAAGUUAAUGUCUAUGCUUAUUUGAGUUCAUGCACUUGUACGUUGUAUUCCUUCUAUUUUAUUUAUUUUAUGAUUUAUUAUUUGCAUAUAAGUGUAAAUCUUCAAUACAUAUAUAUUUCUAUAUUGCGCCCUUAAGCUUGCAACUUGCAAGGUGCUUUUUGGCUGUAGGAAGGACUCUCUAGAGAGUAAUAAUGGAACUAAUUUUUUAUUGUCUACUGAUUUAGCGGUGACGUUGUACUGGACAAGCUCACAUGCUUCUUACCUUAGUUACUUUUAGAAACCUACAUGUAUCCUAUGUUAAGGGAAGUUGAAAGGCUUAUCAUAAUGUGUAAAGAAGAGCUAUACCAGUUUGUUCUGAUAAGUUAAUAACUCAAUAUUGGAUUAUACAGUAAAUUUAAGAUUUUGCUCCUCAUUGUCAUGGUUCUAUUGCCUGCUUAUGGAUGCUCUUGGUAAGAUAACAAUGGGUUGAUCCAAUAAAAUUAUUGUGGUAUCUAACCACCAAAGAAUAAAUUAAGUACUACUACAACGAAUGAGGUAGCUGGAAGUAUAGUUUCAGAUAUUGAUGACUGCCUAAUGCAGGGAUGAGAUUUAAGGUAUAUGCUGGGUCUGGAAGCUGAGCUGUCAAUGUUUUUCUUUAGGCUGUAACCUUGCUAAAUCUUGUGGCCCAGAGAGUUGCCAAGUUUUUCAUAUCACUGCUAGAAGGCCUGCAUUUAUUCUCAUCUAAAAUAGAGCAGCCUCGUUUCAAGGUGGUGGUCCUCAUUGGUGCAACUCCCUAGUCCGACCCAACCAGGAUACAUAAUAUUUUCAAAACCAUCAUAGAUUAGUUGAUUGGUUGAUAAUUCUUCUGUUGAACUGUUUCUAUUAGUAAACCUUAGAAUCAGCUCUGGGGCUAAAACAGGGUUUCAAUAUGGUAUCUUAUAAAACAUGAAUAUUAUGCAUUUGGUGGAUUGGGUUACAACUUACAAGAGUCCUCCAAGAUGAUAGCUAAUGUUAUAUGAGAAGGAAGUAGUGAUAUAUAUUCUGAUUCAGAAACCCUCAUUAUGACAAUUUUUGGGAAAGGCAGGGUUUUUAAAUUUUGGUUACCAAAUUCCUUUGAAUUGUAGGAUGAAGUAAAUAAGUUGACCACAUGCCUCUUAAAAUUAUGAUUGCAAUUCCCUUUACAUUUGCUGACUGCAGCCACAUUGC